AUGCAUUGUUCAAUGAUAGGUUCUUGGUGGGUUCUUGAGAAAGAGCAUCAUGAAAAUAAGGUGCGUGUGAAACAUUUUACUACACUGCCAAAUGGAGAGUAUAUGCCGAAGUGGGAUGAUGAAGUUGAUGAUGGCGAUGUGACAAACUUGGUUCUGGAUAUACGUAAUGAUUGUAUAAAUCGUGGAUUUUGGGAUGUCACAGAAGAAUCUCCAGCUACUACAAGAAUGAAGCGUCCUAAAUCUGUCCCCGAGACUGAUGGUGAGAGUUAUAAAAAGAAGAAAGCUAAUGAUACAAAAAGUGUCCAGAUUGAGGAAGAUACUAGUAGUCCAAGUAAGGAAAAAAUUCCUGUGAACCAGCUUUACACUCUGAUGAAGACAGUGAUAGGAAAACUGGAUAACAUAGAUACAUCGAUCGAAUCAAAGGUUGGUGCUCUUCUCGCUCCUAUGAAUGAGAGGUUGGCAAAAAUGGAGAAGGACUUUCAAAAGAUGAAAGAAAAAGAUGCAGCUGAUGAGAGAAAAGAAGAUGCAAAUUCCAACAUUGACGUUAAUGAAAAUGCUGAAAUAAAUAGCAAAGAAAUGUCUUGGAUGGUGGAGAUGAAUUCCACAUCACAAGAUGGUUUACCUUCUCAACGUGUUGUCAAGAAAGCAAGGAAGGCAAGCAAAAAAUGUGAAGAUAUGGGACUUGACAAAAAAAAAGGUUUCGAUAAGAAGGUUUUGAAAACCAAAAUACAAGUGCCACAUUUACUUGAUAACGCCUCAGGGGAUGAAACAUGGUCUGAUCCAGUGCAACGUGACAAGGCUAGAGAUCUCAGUGACCGUUUAGAUGUCUUUGUAGCCAUGGCUAGAAAGCUGAAUAAGCCUACUCCUACACCUUCCUCACCUCCGCACAAGCGCCAAACUAAGCUAGCAUCAUCUCAGCUAUUUCCUUUCAUAGGAAACUCCACCGUGAGGCGCAUCAUCACAGGUGUAACACCAUCUGUCUCAGCAUAUGAUCCGUUUGCUGAUGUCGACGAUGAUAAAAUGAGGAAUUUACUGCAUUUUCUACUGGAUGAUGAGUAUGACUUCUUGUUCUUUACUUGA